UAUUUACGAACAUCGAGCCCAAGUAGACAGUCCGGCAACCGAAAAACCAAUUACGCCUACAACAGGCGAGCCGCAGUUUGAGCCCCACACAACGAGGAGGAGCAAGCCUGGCCUCCCGUCGGCCGACCAUUUUCGCAGCACCGACAUUGAGAAGAACGGAAGUGGCGCGCGAGCGAGCGAGCGAGCGAGCAGAGGGGAGAGGUAGAGAGGGCCUAAAUCCAUGGGAAGUGGGAAGAGGGGCGACUACAUGGGCGACGAUGACAGGAUGGCGCAGUUCGCGCAGAUCCCCACCAGCUUCGGCCACGAGCUACGUGCUUGCCUCCGCUGCCGUCUCGUCAAGACCUACGAUCAGUUUAGGGAAUCGGGUUGCGAGAACUGCCCCUUCUUAGAGAUGGAUAAAGAGCACGACAAUGUCGUGAAUUGCACCACUCCAAAUUUUACCGGGAUAAUUUCAGUAAUGGAUCCGAGCAGGAGUUGGGCUGCUCGGUGGUUGAGAAUUGGGAGGUUUAUUCCUGGGUGCUACACUCUUGCAGUUUCUGAGGAACUUCCUGAAGAAUAUCAGACUGUUUGCGCUGACAACAAUGUGCAAUAUGUUCCUCCCAAGCGCUCCUAAACGGUGUAGAAGGGGAUUCCUAUUUCCUGCGGAAGCUGUUGCUGGCGAUUACUGUUUUGUUUGCUUACUGAACUUGUUUCCAGCAAAUUCUCUUCUCACAAUGAGGAAUUUAGCUGUAUAUACCUGAACUGCUACAUUAUCUUAAUAUUCAAGAAAAAAGAAAACUUUGUUUUCUGAUCAUGGAAUAGUGCUUAAUGUUUUGAAUAGGUGCAAGAAACAUGGUCUAGCCUUAAUUUUGGUUUAUGUCCGGAUUAAUUUGGUAGUACAUGUUAGUAUCUUCUACAUGUCCAAGAGCAUAUUAAUUGGAACUGAAAAGCAUAAUUUGUUUGUUGUGAUUAGGUUAUA